GUUUGAUUGGUCGUUGUAAUCACAAGCUAUUCCAACAUAUUGGGGCGAACCCUUAGUUUUACCUGCCACCUGAACGUGUAGUUGCGGUACUAUUCGGUACAGAGUAUCGGACGUUGCACUGUGUGUAGCAAGACAUCUGUUUUAGACGCAUCACUGAUGAUGGAUGCCACCGCAGAUAAAGUUCGUCAUCCUUACUGGCCACGGAAUCUUUUGAUUCCCACCUACAGGGCCAAUGAUCGGUCUAUGUCAGAGAUUCUGGCCUUCCUGUUUUCUGUGUCUGGUGUGUUCCUGCUCGUGACCUGGCUGAUCACAGGCCGCUCCGGCAGGCUGGGGACCGGGAGGCGUCUGGCUCUGUGCUGGUUCGCCGUUUGUGGUUUCAUCCACUGUGUCAUAGAGGGCUGGUUCUCUGCGUAUUAUGAUGUCAUACCAGGAGACCAGAGCUUCCUUUCACAGCUGUGGAAGGAGUACUCUAAAGGAGACAGUCGAUAUGUGAUAGCUGAUAACUUUACUGUUUGCAUGGAGACAGUGACUGCUAUGUUGUGGGGGCCAUUCAGCUUUUGGGUCGUGUACGCCUUUUUAACUAACAAGCCGUACAGGUUUGUUCUGCAGUUGAUCAUUUCAAUAGGUCAGCUGUAUGGAGCCGUGCUUUACUUCUUCUUAGAGCACAGAGAUGACUACGCUCACAGCGAGUUUGGGCAUCCGAUCUACUUCUGGUUCUACUUUGUUUUCAUGAAUUUCCUUUGGAUCGUCAUACCACUGACACUCAUUGGGGAUGCAUGGAGACAGCUGUCAGCAGCUCAGAUACACACAGACAACACCAAAACAAAGAAGACUAAGAGGAACUGAGGUGUUAUGUCCUGCAGAUACAAGAGUCACUAGGAUAUACCAGACCUGUAAACCUCUUUGCACACCUGUGAGCUGAUUGUUCACCAAACCUGUGGGGGACCGAGUAAAAACAAGAACAGAUACCUCUCAUUCUUCUCAGUGUGUACGUACCUGUGAUGGACUCUGUUGGAUGGAGGAAGUUCGUGAUCUCCUUCUCUGCCUUGAUCUUGGUGGACGCCAGGAUUCAUCAGUGCUGCAGCUGCAAAAAACAAAAUAUUUGGUUUUCAUAAAUGUCAUUUUUUGGUCUA